AGCAAAUCCGAAAAAAAAGUUUAACAACAAGACGUGUUGCGCACGGGUACUAUGCGAGUUGCAAAAUAAAAGUUUAACAAAACAAAAUAUUCAACUUACGCGUGUGAAACGAAACUCUGAAACACAAUUAACCAGCAAGCUAACUGAGAGUCCGGAAAAGCACGAAAAUGUGGAACCCAACAACAGCAGCGGAAGCAGCAGCAACAAAAGCAACAGCAACAAGUGACAGCAGCCAGGAGGACUGUAGCUGCAGCAGCAGCGCUGCCAGUGUUGAACAGCGCCCCCCCAACGCAGCCUCCUCCUCCGACAGCAGCGGUAAAAACGCAAAGUCAACAUUUGGCGGCAAAGCGCAAGAAGAAGAGGCGGCCGCCGCCAUUAACCAAAAGCACAAGGAAUUUGCCGUGCAAAGCGAAACAAGCGAUUCGGGCUUCAUUUCCGGACCGCAAUCCUCGCAAAUCUUCAGCGAGGAGAUCAUCCCUGAAGCAGAGGAACAGCAGCAGCCGGAGCUCAAGGACCAGGAGCCCCAACAGAAACAGAAGCAACAGCAAUCCGUGGUCCUUGAUUCCGGCAUUAUCGACGAGGACGAAGAGGACGUAGAGGAGGAGGAGCCCGCCCAGGAGGACAAAAGCAGCAAUCAAAUGCGCCUCAAGCACAGCACGGACGCAGGCAUACCGCAAUGGACGGUCCAGAGCAACUUGGCGGGUCGCGGCGAGCAGCUAAACAAUCUCGGCCAGAGCAGUGGCGGCAGCAGCUCCGCCCAGGUUUCGGCUAACCGUACCAAGCCCGGCCCACAAUCUACCACACAGUCCAACACAGCUGCCGGCGCCACCACGAAUCCCUCCACCGCUCCGCAGAGCAGUAUCAACAUUAUGAAUGCAUGGGAACAGUUCUAUCAGCAAAACGAUGUCGGCGACACACCUCUGCACCUGGCCUGUAUUUCGGGAUCCGUGGACGUGGUAACUGCCUUAAUUCGCAGCCCGCAUCCAUGCCUGCUCAACAUUCAGAACGAUGUGGCCCAAACUCCGCUACAUUUGGCCGCCCUCACCGCCCAGCCCAAUAUCAUGAGGAUGCUGCUGCUGGCCGGAGCUGAGCCCUCGGUGCGCGAUAGCCAUGGAAAUACCGCUCUACACCUUUCCUGCAUUGCCGGAGAGAAGCAGUGCGUCCGUGCAUUGACGGAGAAGUUUGGAGCCACGGAGAUUCAUGAGGCACACCGUCAAUAUGGACACCGUUCCAAUGAUAAGGCUGUUAGCUCACUGAGCUACGCCCGUCUGCCUGCCGAUCUUGAGAUUCGCAACUAUGAUGGUGAGCGCUGUGUACAUUUGGCUGCCGAGGCGGGACACAUUGAUAUCUUACGCAUUUUGGUAUCUCAUGGAGCCGACAUUAAUGCCAGGGAGGGCAAAUCUGGACGCACACCGCUGCACAUUGCGAUCGAGGGCUGCAACGAGGAUCUGGCCAACUUCCUGCUCGACGAGUGUGAGAAGCUCAACCUGGAGACGGCCACCUUUGCCGGCCUGACGGCCUACCAGUUUGCGUGCAUCAUGAACAAGUCGCGCAUGCAAAAUAUCCUGGAGAAGCGCGGUGCGGAGACUGUGACGCCGCCGGAUAGUGAUUACGACAGUAGCGAUAUCGAAGAUCUAGACGAUACGAAGAUGUACGAUCGCUUUGGUGAUCCACGUUACUUUGUAAGCUACAAUGGCUGCAAUCCCAUGACGGUUGCCUGAAUGCCCCCAAUCCAAUCUGUACAUACGCCCUAGACUAAUGCAUAAACACAUUUAUGUACACCUAUGAUUAUAACACAAACCGAAUUCCCGAGACCUGCAACGCAAGCCCUUCCUGCCGCAGACAUAAUAUUCCCUGACACACGUUCCCGAGAAAACCCAAUGAAUGUACUUACUUAGCUACUGUCCAUCAUCGAGUGGUACCCGAAACCGAAUCCAAUUUGUUUGUGUUAAACGAUAGUAUUUAAAGAGCGAAAUAAAGCAUGCAAGAGGAUGCAGAGAA